GGCACCCCUGCCUUCAACAACAACAACAAUGAUCAGCUGACUCCAUGAACACAACAUCUGCACGUGGCAUGAAGGAGAAGAAACAUGACGUCCAGUCCUCAAUAAAACACAUCUUGUUCAGUCAUCGUCCAUGCAGCAGCUGAAAACAACAACAAACUUCCAAGUCUUGCAGAAUAAACAGUGAUGUGCCAUUGUGACUCGUCUCCCAACAUCAUCGCUGUGCCGUCAUCGGCAGGAGGAAUCCUUUACGCAAGCUGCACGGACCUUAAAGAAGAAUCUUUACAACAGGUGGACAUUUGGACACCUGCGUUGCCUGGAGACAUUCGGAACACGUGAUACGAUUUGUGACCAUUGUGUCUCAAUUCUGCCACCAUUCCUCGUGAACGAGCCAGACUGAUACGACGCCAGACACACUUAUUGCUUGAGGUCAAAGGUCAAAAUUGUGAAAAUGCUGCCAAACAGACUAGUGAUAUAUGGAGCAAUGGCAAAAUCAAGCUCAUAUCGACCUUGGAGACGCAAUUUACAUUUAAAUAACUAUAUUAUGCAUUCAGGUGAAUGUUUAUUGGGUGCAUUAAGAAGACCAUUGUGGCCCAAACUUUUACAACCGGAUGGAUUUGGGAGGUCAUUACAGCAUAUAAAAAAAAUACACACAACAAGCCCUCGGUAUGUAAACCCAAUGUUAGUGGCUGUUCUUCGUCCCUUAAGCAAAAUGCUAGCAGUUUUGGUAGGCCGUGGAUUCAGAAAGUGGUGGCAAUCCAUGCCAAAGCAGAAAAGGGAUCUUUUUAUCCAACACUUUAUUCGCAAUAAAUUUUAUUACAUUGGUGGAUCAGCUGUGUUUGGCUUUGUUGGUCACACUUACUAUGAAAGUCAUGUAAUUACCACUCCUUUCACUAAACGCAGAAGAUUUAUGAUAUUCAAUCAAGAUCAGCUUCAUACUAUUGCAAAGCAAAUUUAUGAAGAGGAAAUGGCACAGUUUGGACAUCAAAGGCUGCCACAGAAUCACCAUAUGGUUGACCAAGUUCAAAGGGUGGGUAACCGAAUACUGCAGGCCAACAAUAUUAUACCACAACUGUACACCAAGAUUUGGACUGUUACUGUUAUUGAUGACCCCUCGGACAACUGCUUUGUCCUACCGAGUGGUGACAUUAUUAUGUUUCGUGGGAUGAUGGAUCUCCUUGAGAAUGAUGACCAAGUUGCUGUUAUCCUGGCACAUGAAAUGAGUCAUGUUAUCUUGGAGCAUGCAGCAGAGCAACUCAGUCAUGGCUAUCUACUUGACAUCUUGAUUCUUGUGCCCUUGGCAGUAAUCUGGGCAUUUAUUCCAAGUGAUGGUCUUGCAGUAGUCACUCAUUGGUUCUUAAAUAAAGUAACCCAAAUUCUGCUUCACCUACCUUACUCAAGAACUUUAGAAAAAGAAGCAGAUUCAGUUGGAUUGCAGUUAGCUGCAAAGGCUUGCUAUGAUGUACGUGAAGCCAGUGCAUUUUGGGGUAGAAUGUCUGUGAUGGAUAAGCUGCGCAAAGAACGAGGUGAAACAGGAGUGAACCAUGCUUGGCUAUCAACACACCCAUCACAUAACAACCGGCAAGAGAUGAUUGAUUCACAGAUGUCUGAGGCCAUUAUUCUGCGGCAUGCCUGUCAAUGUCCACAGCUAAAAUCCAGGGAUCCUAGACACUCCAUAUGGAUGCUCCAAAAGCAGCUGACACAACCAUCAAAAAAUAAACAGCUAAAAGAAUUGCCUGCUGAUGAUCUUAAAAUUAUCAGAAAAAGCACUGAAGCUCCCAAGCAAAAUACAGAAUCUCUUGUUAACCAGUAACGUCAGAUAAUAGCAAUUAACGUUCAUAUUAUCUAUUUUUUGGUAUUACAGUACUUUCUUUGUUUACUGUAGUAAUGUUUACUGAAAAAAUUAUAUUUUUAACAUUUACAAAUUGCUAGAAGUUGACUAAACUUUAGGUAUUGUAGUAGUCGAUUGGUGUCCAUAAUUGAAGUUAGCCAACUUAACAAUUUAUGUUUGCAACAAGUUGUAUUAGUUGUAGGUUAAAAAAUAAAGUGUUACUCCAAGUAUAGCUUAAUUGCAUAUCUGAUCAUUGUUUUAAUGAAGGGUAAAAACAUCAGCCUCACAAUUAUCCAUGUAUAUUUUUUUGUAUAAUUUUUUUUUAGCACAAUAAACCUUUGAAUGUU